AUGGGAGUUGAAGCAGUAGAGGAGGGAUCAUCAGGGGUAAUAAGGAGAAGAGGAUGUUCGUGCUCGAAAGACGAUUUUCUCCCUGAGGAAUCGUUCCAGAGCUGGGGCAAUUAUGUAAAAGCGCUAAAAGAGACUCCGUACCGAUUGACGGAUCGGAUCCUGACCCGAUCCAUGGAUAGUACAGAGCUGGUGGAGAUGAAAGCUCGGAGUCAGCACGAGAUGAAGAAAACACUGAAUUGGUGGGACCUGAUGUGGUUCGGGAUGGGUGCCGUGAUCGGUGCCGGAAUAUUCGUUCUGACCGGCCUUGAGGCCAAGGAGGAUGCUGGUCCCGCCGUGCUCUUAUCCUACGUCGUUUCGGGUGUCUCCGCCCUACUUUCUGUUUUCUGUUACACAGAGUUCGCUGUGGAGAUACCAGUAGCAGGUGGCUCAUUUGCCUACCUAAGAGUCGAGCUAGGGGACUUCGUGGCCUUCAUAGCCGCAGGCAACAUCCUCCUCGAGUACAUAAUAGGCAACGCCGCUGUGGCCCGAUCAUGGACAUCAUACUUCGCCACUCUAUGCAACUACGAAGCUAAUGACUUCCGCAUCAAAGCUCACGGCCUCACCGAAGAAUACAGCCACCUCGACCCCAUCGCCGUCGGAGUACUCGCCAUCGUUUGCGUCAUUGCUGUACUCAGCACCAAGGCCUCUUCUCGACUAAACUACGUCGCUUCGAUAGUUCACAUCAUAGUCAUCCUCUUCAUCAUCAUCGCUGGCCUCGCCAACGCCAACACUGCUAACUACACCCCAUUCGCACCUUACAGACCGCGCGGCAUUUUCAAAGCCUCCGCAGUGCUCUUCUUUGCUUACGUUGGAUUCGAUGCCGUUUCCACCAUGGCCGAGGAGACCAAAAACCCAGGUCGUGACAUCCCCAUCGGGCUAGUCGGGUCGAUGGUUGUCACCACUGUUUUGUACUGCUUGUUAGCGAUGACGUUGUGUCUCAUGCAACCGUACACACAGAUUGAUAAGGAUGCACCCUUUUCGGUGGCGUUUGAGGCUGUGGGAAUGGGUUGGGCUAAGUAUGUGGUCGCAGCUGGAGCCUUAAAGGGAAUGACUAGUGUUCUGUUAGUUGGGGCAGUUGGCCAAGCUCGUUACUUGACACACAUUGCUAGGACCCAUAUGAUGCCACCAUGGCUGGCCCAAGUCAACGAGCGGACCGGGACACCAGUCAAUGCCACAAUUGUCAUGUUGGCUGCUACCGCUGUCUUUGCCCUUUUCUCUGACCUUGAUAUCCUCUCCAAGCUUCUCUCAAUCUCCACGCUUUUCAUUUUCAGUCUUGUGGCCUUGGCUCUCAUCAUAAGACGGUACUACGUGAGUAGUGUCACUAGCAAUGUCAACAGACGGAAGCUUAUUCUUUGCCUAGUCAUCAUUUUGGGGUCUUCAAUAGCGACAUCUGUGUAUUGGGCCAAUAGCAGUGGUAAGAUUGGGUAUAUGAUUACAGUACCCAUUUGGUUUUUGGGUACUUUUGGCCUUUGGUUUGCACUCCCUCAGGCUCGGACCCCCAAAAUCUGGGGUGUCCCAUUGGUUCCUUGGUUGCCCUCAGCUUCUAUAGGCAUAAAUAUUUUCCUUCUUGGGUCUAUCGAUAGAGCUUCCUUUGAGAGAUUUGCAUUGUGGACUGGAGUUAUUUUGGUCUACUACUUCUUGUUUGGAUUGCAUGCUUCGUAUGAUACUGCCAAGGAGUUUGAGAAAAAUAGAUCAGAAGAUGGGACCCAAUUGAAAAAAGUUGAAGAAGGUAAUGUGUCUUCAGUAGUUAAGGAUUCUGAGUCUAGUAGUGCCAAGGGUUCUGCUGUUACUGGAAGUUAAGUUAGUCAAGGUCUAUGGAGUUUGCUUUUAAUGUACUUGUGAUUUAC